UCGUUUAUCCUCUGUUGUCGCUUCUACCCAGCCGGUGCCACACUAGUCAUCCACUGCAAUGAGUGGUACAGUUGCCUGCCAGAGUGCGAAAUGUCCAAACGGCAACCCUCCUUCUAAACUAGAGUGUCCCACAUGCCACAAACUUGGGAUACAGGGCUCAUUCUUCUGCGGGCAGGAAUGCUUCAAAGCCGACUGGAAAAUGCACAAGCGUGUGCACGACAUCGUCGCACCACGACAGCCUUUGCUAGACGAUCCAUCUAUCAGCAAAAGUGGCGAUGGCACGUUCAAUCCCUUUUACGACCACAGAUUCUCCGGCAGCCUGCGCCCUGUAUAUCCUCUUUCGCCUACGCGAAUAGUUCCCGAACACAUUAAGAGGCCAGACUAUGCUGAAAGCGGCGUACCUACCUCCGAGAGCAGGCGCGCUGGCCAACCUCCCCGUAUUCUGACACCGGAGGAGCAAGAGAAGAUGCGGGUGGUCUGCAAGCUCGCGCGAGAAGUUCUUGACAUCGCCGCAUCCCAUGUCCGUCCCGGAAUUACCACCGACGAGAUUGACGCUAUCGUUCACGAAGCUACUAUCGAACGGAACGCAUACCCUUCGCCCUUGAACUACCGAAAUUUCCCCAAAUCUGUCUGCACGUCCGUGAAUGAAGCAAUCUGUCACGGCAUUCCCGAUCAACGGAAGCUGCAGGAGGGAGAUAUCGUCAAUAUCGAUGUGACGCUCUAUUAUGACGGUUUCCACGGUGAUCUCAAUGAGACGUACCCUGUGGGCCGGAUAGAUGACGACUCGAAGAAGCUCAUUCGUACUGCGAGAGAAUCUCUCGACCAGGCCAUCAAGCUCUGCAAGCCAGGUUUCCUCUUCCGUGACCUCGGAAAAACGAUCGAACCCAUCGCCCGUGCAAACGGCUGUUCAGUCGUCAGAACGUAUACAGGCCAUGGAAUCAACGACCUUUUCCACUGUGCGCCCAAUGUUCCGCAUUAUGCCAAGAACAAGGCUAUCGGGACUAUGAAGCCUGGGAUGACAUUCACUAUCGAGCCAAUGAUCAAUCUCGGAAGCCACUGGGAAGCAAUGCAUUGGCCGGAUAGCUGGACUGCGACGACCGUCGAUGGGAAGAAAAGCGCGCAAUUCGAGGAAACGUUACUAAUCACGGAGACGGGUGUAGAAGUCCUAACGGCCGGCAAACCGAGGGAGCUGUUCUAGCUGUACUAGUCCGUCCGCGCCUGUAUAAUUUGUCUCAACACCCCUGUGCCACCAUCCAAUCGAUCCGCCGACUUGUUGUAC